CGCGGGAGCGGGACAGGCGGGGCGGCCCCGCAGCAACCAACUGGGAUCCUAUAAGAGCUCAGCCCCCGGCAGGAUGGACUACCACGUGAACGGCAGCAUGGCCGAGAAGCAGAGCCCCAUGGAUUACGGGGUCCAGAUCAGAUUCAUCAACGACCUGAAGGAGCCCAGCAAGACCCAAAAGAUCCGCCCCAAGGCCUCCAAGCCGGGCUCCUACGGGGUGGCGGUGCGGGUCCAGGGCAUUGACGGCCAGCCCUUCGUGGUCCUCAACAGCGGGGAGAAAGGGGGGGACUCGUUCGGGGUGCAGAUCAAAGGCGAGAGCAAGUACGGGGCGCCGGCCCGGAGCCAACAGCGUGAGGGCGCCUUCCCAGGCUCCCCCGGGGCUGUGUCAUCCUCCAAGGAUGCCUCGGGCUCCAUCAGCUCGGAUUCCGACCUCCCGGAGAAUCCGUACGGGGCAAAAUCGUCCCGGUACGGCUCGCAGUACAGCACCUCCGACGAGGAGCAAGGCCUGAGGCGGGUGCCGAAACCCGACAGCUUGGACGGGGCCCGCUUGGCCCGCAGCAACGGCCCCUCCCUCCCCCAGAGUGGCUGCAGGACCCUGCCCCACAGAAAGGCCCUGGGGGAGCAGCUGCGGCGGACCCAGUCCCACAGCUCCCUGCUCUGCCCCGAGCUGGACGAACCCGAAGAAGCCGGCCCUCCUCGGACUCAACCCGGUCAUGUUCCCCAGCCCCUGCCUGUCGGGGGCGCCCCAAGGAGCACCAGCAUGAUGAAUCUGGCCGGCCGCAGACUAUCCAGCCCUAGAGAGGAUGGUGGCGACGAUAUCACCGGUUUGCGGCCCGCCCGUAAGCCGCCGUUGCCGGACGCGGUCUCAUCCCAGCCGGCCCAGCUGAGCGGCGGCGACAUCAUUGACACGAAGCCGCUGUCUUCGGUGGACUCGCUGAUCAGCAAGUUCGACGGGAAGGCGCAGCAGCAGCGGGGCCGCGCCUCCAGGAGGAGCCGGAUCUCGCCGUCCGACCGGAAGCGCUCGCAGAGCCUGGACGGCUGCGUGCCUUGCCACGACACGGCCGACUGCCGGGAGCUGGGCGCGGGCGAGCGUCCGGCCAGCUUCAGGGAAGAAGCCAGGAGCUCGGCGGCGAAUCCGCUCGGCUCGGUCGACCCCGCAGGAAGCCGAAGCUUCCCCCGAGCCGCCGGGAAGCAGCUGAAGGAGAACGAACUGGACAAGUCCAAGCUGACCCAGGAAUGGGUUACCAAGAGCCUGGAGGAGCCGGCGCCGGAGAAACAGCCGAGGAAAGUCCAGUCCGACCUGCAGCUGAAGUCUACCCCAGACCUUUUGAAGGAUCAGCAGGAGAUGUCCCGGCCUGGGAGCAAUGAAUACACCAAAGAAUUGAUCUACAGUAUCCUGAAGGACGGGAGCACGGAAAGCGAUACCGCCGUGAAGAGGAAAACCAACCUCGUCUUCGAGAAAGUCCAAACGCUCGCUGCUGCCCCUUCCGCGGAAUCGAGAGCGUCCCCCCAGGGCGGCGAACUGCAACGGAAGGUCAGCGAACUGCAGAAGAAGCUGGACGAAAAGACCAAGCUCUGUCAGAGGUUGGAAUCAUCACAGGACAGCCGCAGAAACGGCGUGCCUCGCAACUUUGAUCCCCGUCUGGAGGAGACCGAAGAGGAGUGCCUUCGGCUCCGGGACGCCUUUGAGAAGAAGAGCCAGGAGCUCCAGAGCAGUUUACAAGAGCUGAGGGAUGUGAAAACGGUCAAGGAACAGACGGAAGCGAAGAUGGCCGACUUGGAAGACCAGUUGAUGGAGAUGCAGGAGGCGCUGGAUCGCUUCCGGGAGCCUCUGGAAGGCGGCCCGGACAGGGAGGCCUUGCUGAAAGAGCUGAUGGAGACCCGAGAGUUGCUGGAAGAGGUCUUGAGGUCCAAGCAGAAGUACGAGGAGCAGCUGCACCAACGGGAGCGAGAGCUGACGGCUCUGAAAGGAGCCCUGAAGGAGGAGGUGGCCAGCCACGACAAGGAGCUGGAUCGGGUCCGGCAGCAGUACAAGGAGGACAUGGAGCAGCUCCGGCGUAACAUGGAGGACGUGUCGCAGGAUCAGGCCAGCUUGGAGGCCGAGAGGCAGAAGAUCAACUCCGUGCUGAGGAGCCUCCAGAGGGAGCUGCAGGAGAGUGGCGAGGAGACGGAGCACUGGAAGGAGAUGUUUCAGAGGAACAAGGAAGAGCUGCGGAGCACCAAGCAGGAGCUGAUGCAGGUGAAGAUGGAGCGCGAGGACUUCGAGGAGGAGCUGAGGGAGACACGUGAGCGCUUCACCACCUUGCGGCAGGAAGCGGAUCAGGCCCGGAACAGCACUGGGGACACUGGAGAGGCCAACGCCCUCAGGAAGGAGCUACGUGAGUCUCGGGAGCAACUGAGGGAGUUGACGUUGGAGAAGCAGACCCAGGACGAGCUGCUGCGGCAGCGGGAGAGGGAGCUGGUCGCCCUGAAGGAGGAGCUUGAGGAUGAGGCGGCUAACCAUGACCAGGAGUUAGAGGCACUGAAGCGGCAGUUUCAGCAGAGCGCGCAACAGCUCCAGAAGGAGUACGAGGACGCGUUCAAGGUGAAGUCUGCAUUGGAAGGUGAGAAGGAGGCCACCGAACAAACCAAGAAGGCUGUGGAGUCCACCCUGCGGGAGACGCAAGAGGAGAACGACGACCUCCGGCGGAAGAUCCUGGGCCUGGAGACGCAGCUCAAGGAGUACCGGCACUUCGCCGACAACUGGCAGGGCGUGGAGGCCAGGCUGAAGGAGAAAAUUGCCAAGCUGGAGGCCGACCGCAAGCAGAUGGAGGAGUCCCUGGGGGACGCCACGGACCAAGAGCAGGAACUGCUGCUCGCCAAGCGUUCGCUGGAGAGCCGCCUGGAGGAGGCCCAGCGGAGUCUGACCAGGCUCUCGAGGGAACACCAGGACCUGAACACCUCGUACCACGAGGAGGUGAAGCAAAAGGAGCAGCUGAAGCGAGCCAAGAGCGAGCUGGAAGAGGAGAAGCGGCUGCUGGACAAGAGCAUUGGGAAGCUGACGAAAGAGGUGGAUAAGAUGGCUGCAGAGUCCCACAACGCUAUGUCCGAGCUUCAGUCGCAACUGGAGGAGUACAAGGAGAAAUCCCGCAAGGAGAUCACGGACUCUCAGAAGCAGGCCAAAGACCGGAACGCCGAAGUGGAGAAAAUGCAGUAUAACUUGGGAAGGUUGCAGGAUGAGGUACUGCGGCUCAAGCAGGCGCUGCAGGAGAGCCAGUCGGAGCGCGAGAACGCCGUCUUGGACAAGGAGCUGUUGGCUCAGCGCCUGCACAACCUGGAGCAGGAAGUGGAGUCGAAGCGGCGCUCCCAGGAUGAUAGAUCCCGGCAAGUCAAGGCGCUGGAGGACAAAGCGAAACGCUUGGAAGUGGAGCUGGACGAGGAGAGGAACACGGUGGAGUUGCUGACGGACAGGAUCAACCGCACCAGAGACCAGAUCGACCAAUUGCGAGCUGAGCUGCUGCAGGAACGUUCCGUCCGCCAGGACCUGGAGUGCGAUAAGAUCUCGCUGGAAAGGCAGAACAAAGACCUCAAAAGCCGGCUCACGAGCAGCGAAGGACUCCAGAAGCCCAGCGCCAACGUUUCGCAGCUGGAGUCGCACAUCCAAGAGCUUCACGACAAGCUCCAGGCGGAAGAGAGAGAGAAGAGCGUCCUCGUGUCGUCGAACCGCAAGCUGGAGCGGAAGGUGAAAGAACUAACCAUCCAGAUCGAUGACGAGAGGCAGCACGUCAACGACCAGAAAGACCAGCUGAGCUUGCGGGUCAAAGCGCUGAAGAGGCAGGUGGACGAGGCGGAAGAGGACAUCGAGCGGCUGGAGACGGCACGGAAGAAGGCCCUGCGGGAGCUGGAGGAGCAGCACGAGACCAACGAACAGCUUCAGAGCCGCAUCAAGGCCCUGGAGAAGGACCUCUGGCGCAAGGCGGCCCGGUCCACGGCUGAGUCCUCCCUGAAGGACGACCACUUGAGCUCGGAUGAGGAAUUCGACAGCGCCUACGGGCCGUCCUCCAUCGCGUCGCUCCUGACGGAAGGGAACCUCCAGGCGAGCUCCUGCUAGUGGUGUCCGGCGGCAGGGCGGAGGCGGGCGUCGCCCUGCGUUUGCCUCCGGGAAGCUCUCAAACGGACACCUUGAAAUCCGGCAGAAAGAACUGUUGCGUGCGGAAAUUUCCGGCAAGCGACCAGAAGAUGAAUGACGCCGGGGUUCACCCCGGACCGUUGUGUGCCUGUAGAUAAAAUAGACGUCUUUAUCAGUGGGAGGGAAAGAUUUUAUUUUUGCUUGCUACGGGGCGGUUGGCGAGAGGGAGAGUGUAAAAUAGAGGCAAAAUUAUAUUUAAUCUCCCCCACCCAUGCACACACACACACACACACAUACAUAUCUUGAUCCAGUUCUCAGGGCAUUGGUGAAUGAUUAAGAAAUAGAAUCCUUUCUGUUUAUUUUUUAAAACCAAAUUCUGAUUUUUCUUGUGUGUGUACAUAGGGCCUGCGUAUGUACGUGUGUCGAUCUGCAUGUGUACUGAAAUUGAUGUGCAAUAAUGUGACGGAGGAAUCAAGGGGGGGGAAAUGGGCGAAUGUGUUUUGGGAGGGCAAGUGGAGCCCUCCCUAGGCGGUACAUGCAUGUCAUGUGUGUCUAGGUGGCCUUAACAGACCUAUUGAUCAUUGCAUCCUUGUCUGUGCUGAUGGAUCGUUAAUUCAUAGCGUAGAAGAGCCUGUAUGUCACUUUCCUGCCUGUCAACGUUCUUUUGGUGACUCGGCUCGUAUUUCUCUCCAAGACUCUCUAAACUGCUUCCUGCUUCUCUUGUACGAAUGUCUUCCCUUUGCCAGGUUUCCCGAUCGCCUCCCCGGAGAUUCUGUUCGUCCCUAGUGAACGCGUUUCCUAACCAUCUUCCCUAGAGCAAAGAUUUAUUUUUUAUUUUAUUUUUUGGUACGAAGGGUUGUUGGGAGUUCUGUUCAGGAGGCUCCCUCGCCCUCUGUUCUGACGACUCGCUCGUGCCUCGAAGCGAAUCUCCUUCCGUCGCUUCCCGCCUCCUGACUUUUGCACACAAGUUAAACAAGCAAGCCGACCAUCUCUCUUUCGGUGGGAAGACCGUCGGGUUUUCGUCCAACUCAUGCUUGAAAGCGGCUUGUCCCAGGACUGGCAUGUUCUACCUUGUAUAUUCUUCAUCUCGGCCUUCCCAAACGGCUAGCUGCCACUGAAUCCAUCCCGUUUCUCAGAUACCUGCUGAGCAACAAUGGUGUUUCCACAAAAAAUGGCGAUCGACGUUUCCUUUGUUGGAAGGGUUCUGUCAGAUUUAGACCGUAUAGCAGGCUGUCGCCAACCUGGUCCUCUCCAGAUAACGUUGGACUUCAGCUCUUGUCAGUCCCGUCCAUUGGCCAUGCUGACUAAGGCUAAUGGGAGUUGUAGUUGAAAACAUCUGGAAGGCGCCAGAUUGGGGGAGGCCGCCGUUCAGACCAGCGAGAAUUAGCGCUGUGUUGCCAAAAUAACCUUGUUGUCAGCAGUGACUAAGUCAACAUCUGGAAGAAUGCGCACCUUCUCAGCUGCUGACGGCACCACAGAAUCUGCUAUGUCCAUGGUGGGAUUUUCCUCUCCACGGCCGAUUCCUAAAGCAACAGCACAGCGAUGCUCAGGGGGAGGUCGUCGCAGCAUUAUUGCGCACAGGCGGUCCUGAGAGGCUUUCUUCACAUCCUUUGCAUGCCUGCUAUUCUUCCAAAGCCAGCCAGGUGCUACAGGUAAGCAGCACCUAUUGGACUUCGAACACAUGGCCUCCCAAGCGCUCCUAUGCCAGGGGAUCGCUUCCUGCCUUAGCAGCUUAUCACGGGAGUUCUCCCAUCUGCCUGGAAACCUAUCACAGAGGGAAUCGGUGCGUGUAGCUAAGACGACCCACAGAACCUGGGAGGGCGAGGAUCCCAAAAGCUGCAUCGGAGCCAUUUCACAGCCCUCAUCCCUCGCGGCUUCAGUAAAGCUCUCUCCGCGGAGUGGCUGUCAAAUAAACCAAGGUUGUGUAGCCAUAUCGCGGGGCCCAACGUUCAGUUUGGGAGAGGCCUCUGGCCGAAGGCGUUCCUCAACCUCGCGUGUAUGAACCUCGCCAUGUUUCCAGAAGCGUGCGCGUUUCUUGUCUGCUUUUCCAAUCGCUCCCCUAUAUCGCAUCUUCAGCUGAAGCUACGUAAAUGUAACAUGAACAUCCCCCCAAGGACACCUCCUGGCUGACCUCACGUUACAUGGACUUCUUGAUCAAUCCCUGUUUCGCACAAGUCAGGGCAUCGUCCAAAACUACCGUGCAACUCAACAGCUGCGUUAUCGACUCUUCAUAAGGGCUUGCUUCCCCCCAUUUUCCUAAAGAGGACCCACUUCAGGUAUCCCUGUUUCACCUUUCCAGGCCUUGCACCAAGUGCCUUAUUGCUGACGUCUCCUAAGAGCUCUGCUAACAUACUUCUCUGAUCAGGCGGUGGGCUACGUGGACCGUGUUCAAAAUCGCACCGUCGUCGAUACAACACACAUCUACACGUUGGCGCUUGCGCAUCAAGAGAAGAACGCCGGCUUGCCACGGACUCAAAAGUCCGGCGUUGCACGAUCGGUCUCAUGACAGCAAUAAACUGGAUUUUUAAGGAAAGAAAUGUCUGCUAGUUUCUGGUUGGAGAGCCGUUUUUCACCUCAACGGAAGCCGUCUUGAAGGCUGUGCGGUCAACCACCGAAGUCAUUUGGAGGCUGUUGGAGAUGCUGCCUGGUUGAACCCUUUUGGGGAGCUGGGAACACUUCCUACAGGAAAUGCUAUGAGAUGAAGUCCCACUCACCCUCUCGGCCUGUUUUGAAUCGGACAGUUCGGCUGGGUAGUUUUUGAGUAUGGGACAAUCCUUCUAAGAAGAGCUGCAGGCCACUUAGGAGGGUGGCUUUGGAUGAGAGUUAGGGGUGUGAAAGCCAUCUCCUGCACUAAGCCUGAUGAUCUCCAGGUCUUAAAUCCAGGCCAAUAACGAAGCGGCCUGGAGGCCCUGCCCAGAACGGCAUGUUUUCCUUCCGGCGAUGGCAGGGACAGUGUUUCCAAGAUGGCGCUGGGCUUCCUAGAAAAGGUGGUUUUGGGUGGUGCUGUCUUAUCUAAGCUUUUGUUGGCGGUAGCUUGGAGGCGAUUUCCUGUUUCCACCACUGCUGAAGGAAGUACCGGGCUCUUGUUUUUCUUUGUUUUGACUUCAAGGGCGGCAGUAAAGAAAGUGGCCACUGGACAAUUACACUUCCUGUCUGAGCGUGACACAUUUUUAGGCUGCAGGUUCGCCUCAAAAUGCUUCAGGCCUUUCGCCCACCCCAACCGACCCAAGCGUGACUUUGAGUUUGGCAGUUGUCAUGCCUUGGGAAUCCGAUGGAAAGAAUCGACCCACAAAAUCCAACACCCCACGGAAUCUACCAUCGGUGCUCUUGGCGAAACCAGGAAGUUGAGAGACUUCCUGGUGGGUCACCGUACGUGGCUGUGUGCUUCAGACGUUGGGUUCCACUCGAUUCUCUGGAACGUAGCAGAUGGAACAAAGCGUGCCGGGAAAGCACUGGUUGAAAACCAAGCUAUAUUUCUAAACUUGGCCAUGAUGCCAUAGAUUUUUAACCGAGCAUAUCGUUGAGAUGGAAGAUACUCCUGUGGGCCAAUUAGUUCUCUGAUCCAACUAUGGGCAUUUGAUCGGAUUCCAUUUGUGUCCCUUGAGGGGGCUGGUUUAUCGAAAAAUGAUUCAAACAAGUAUUGAACUGGAUCAUCUGAAGCGGUCCAGAGGCCACGGGCCACCAUGUUCAGAUUUAAAGAUGGCAAAAAUAUAGUGGCCACAAAGCCCGUUUGUGGAUUCCUGCUUCAGGACAACCAAACUGUACACAGCCGAUGGUUGCAAUAACCAAUCAAUACCACUGCAUUGUACUGUAGAAUUCUGGGUACUCAAUCCCAGGGCAAGAUGGAGUCCAUCCUUCAAAAACAGAUGUUUUGAAAAUAAGCCGAGUUUCUACGUGGGAUACCUGCCUGCCCCAUUCAGUUUACUGGGGACAAAACUUGCGGUGGGAUUUUUACACUGAGACCUUUGAAGCUGUACUUCAUUUUAUUUUUUACAGCAAUGCAAUAAUUUAGAAGUGUAUAUCGGGGAAGGAGGCAAACCGAUCAAUGUGGAAUGUUUAAUCACGAUUGUGCAAAUAUCCCAACACGAUGGAUUUGUACAAUUUUAAAUGGCUGCUAUAUAUGAACUAGAUUGGUUUUUAUUAUUUGUAACUUUUGAUUUCCCUCCAGAUUUAUUUUCCUUUUAUUAAAUAAAGUUUUAAAAAGAAACCUUGAACAUUGAUUUUUAAAAUAAAAGUCCU